AUGUCGAUUUUUCACAAAGAAGUCUCAGCUUCCGUAGGCUCGAGCCAGGACCCAUUGAAAGGCCUAUGGAAGCCCACGCACCUCCAGCGAUUGUACUAUGGCUCGGGUAGUGUGAAGGAGAAUCUACUGGAAUGCCUGCCGAGCGAAACAUCAAAAGCCUUCAUCAUCACCGGUGCCUCGUUGGCGAACAAGACAUCUUUGAUCAAGCAAGUGGAAGAGCAAUUGGGAUCUCGCCAUGCGGGCACAUUCAGCAAGAUUGGACAGCAUGCCCCAGUCAAGCAGCUUGAUGAGGCGACGGAGCUUGUGAAAAAGGAUGACUCGAUCGAUACUAUCAUUUCGAUAGGAGGAGGAAGCCCAAUCGACUCUGCAAAAGCUAUCAGCUACAGGCUUCGUGAGAGGAGCGCCAAGUUCUUAUAUCACAUUGCCAUUCCGACGACACUUAGUGCCGCCGAAUGCACGCUCGGAGCUGGAUACACAAAUGAGGAUGGCAUGAAGACUGGCGUCGGUCGUCCCGAGCUGGCUCCUUCUGCUAUUCUAUACGACAGCAAGUUUGCAUUGGAGACGCCGGAGUGGCUCUGGAUGAGCACGGGAAUGAGAGCGAUGGACCACGCUAUGGAGCUCAUGUAUCACCCAACGUCGACAGAGAUGCCGUGCAGACAAAUGGCCCUAUUCGCGGCCGGCGAUCUGUUCACAUACUUGAAGAAGUAUCAUGACAACCCAAAAGAUGAGCAAGUGAUCACAAAGCUCCAGCUGGCAGCCUUUGCAUCGCUUGGCUUCCUUGCUCUAAAUAUCAAAGGCGGGCUGGGGCUGUCGCACACGCUGGGCUAUGCUCUUGGCUCACCAUUCGGCAUCCCUCACGGUAUCACAUCUUGUCUCACUUUGGGCCAUGUAGUCAAGCUCAAGGCUGAGAGCUCGGCUGACGAUGCAGCGCAAAUCGCGAGGAUGGCACCCUUCAUUGGUAUUGCUCGGUCUGGGGACGACAAGAAGGACGGCAUUGCCGUUGGUGAUGCUAUUCUGAAGCUUGUAGAGGACAUUGGCUUGAAGACGACUCUGACGGAGAAGGGCGUUGGCAAGGAUAAGGUCCACUUCAUCACGAAGACCGCUUCUGGACAGGAUAGCGGGCCCGCGUACGACAAGGUCAAGGAGCUGGUCGAGAACCUGUACUAA